AUGGUUAGGCGUGAUUCCUCUCGGUCUCGAUCUCCAGUGGCACGUCGUCGCACAAGCCGUGUGGAGUUUGAAAGUCCGCACGGUCAUGGGCGCAAAGAGCACAAGUUGGACCUUCCUGCUUCUUUCCAGCACGACCGGAAGUACAUCGACAAAAAAUCGUGUUUUGGUCGCCAGUUCUACCGGAACGUUUGCUCAACACCGUGGUCUCAACAAGUUGGUCUUGCCAAUCGUCCUGUGGAUAGUGUCAAAGUUCAUGAACUGUGCUAUUUGGGCUGGGAGAACCACAACUUGAGAGCCUUGUCAGCAGGGGCUGUCGUGAGUGUAGUCUUCGCUCGUUCAGUUCGUGAAGCUCAGCUGGCAGACAGUUUGUUGCGGUUGUGUCGCACGGAACACUGGGACAUCGAAAGUGCCGCUUUCAACCGGUGGUUCCAAAAGUACGGAGACAAUCCAAUCGACAAGGACGGCAAGAACAAAGCGGUGCAGGAAUUGGCUACAGAAGCGUUGAGUGUUAUCCGAAAAUUUCAUGCCCCGCCGUGUUCAUCGUCUGAUGCUCAUGAAGUUGCACAGCUCCGAAAAAGGGUGAAAGAGCUUGAAGCAGAAAAGGCUGGUUCUCGAAAGUCGUCUCCCUCGCGUUCGCCUGCCCCGCCGACCAGCAAGCGUCUUCGCCGAGGUGGUAACAACUUGCCCGUUGAGCACGGCGUCAAUGCUUGGAUCCGGAAGUUGCCCAAGAAGAAAGAAGCGUCCAUCAAAACGGCCAUCAAAGACGCGGAGCAAGUUUUCAAACAGUUGUCGGAACCGCAGUUGGCAAGCCUCCCGGACGUUGCUGCUGAGUGGGGUUUGAGUGUAAAGCAAGCUUCUUCUGCAAAGGACAAGGAGUUGAUACGCAUCAGUACGGCAGCUCAUGUUCUCGCUAGCUGA